AUGGCGGAGAAAGUAGACAUCGUUGAUGCGGGGCAUGAACAGUUGGUGGGUGCAGCUCCUGAGGAAGACUCUGCCGUCAUGUGUGGUAUAACCCAAGAAGCAACAGUUAAAGGAGCAAAGAAGGUAGAGUUACAGCAAAUGAGUAAUUUUGAAUCAGCAAGUGCUUUGUCAACAUCAUGUGAAGAUGGUGUAUCCACGCUUCUGAACACCUCCGACACAACAGGAAAUAGGUCAUAUACAGUCUUUGCUGACAACAGUUUUUCAGGAGACAAUUUACACGUGGAGAUAAAUCAUAUCCACAACUACCGACUGCCAACAGCAGAUGAGAUUCGAUGUUAUACUCCAAAUGUUGGUGAUCCCUUUUUGGGACGAGAUGAGAUUGUUGAAUCUCUAGCUGUGGCACUGCAUAGUGGUAAGCGAAUUGUCAGUCUAAUAACAGGCCCACCCGGUAUUGGAAAAUCAACUGUGGCCAAUGCUGUUUGUGCACAUUAUCUUGACAAUUGUCGUUGUCAACCUAAAGCAAAAUGUUAUUUGAUUUGGUUUGAUACUGCAGUUGAAAAAGAAGAUGAUCUAUAUGAGAUAGUCUGUUCACGCCUAAGGUGGCAUGGGCCACCUGGCAAGGAUGGUGUGGAGUCUCUUUUCAAUGUGCUUCCAUCGCAUGCUAUUGUUCUUAUUGAUGCAUGUGAGAAUGCCAAGCCCUACAUGAUUAACUCUUUCCUUACAAUGGCUCGAAGGGCAAACGGAGAACUUAGAUUUUUGUUGACAUCACAAGUCCAGAUGACAAGGAAAGAAAUAAAACAGCCUAUGAAGGUAGAUACACUAGAACCAUUGAGUAAGGAAUGUGCUCUUCAAAUUCUCAAGCAACCACUGGAAGAGACAGAAGUUGAUGCAUCAUGCAAGGAGAUAGUGGAUAUCAGGGAUCUAUUAGAUGGCAAUCCCUAUGCUCUAAAUUUGGCAUCUUGCAUGAUGGCAGAUGAAGGAUGCACACCACAUCAGCUGCUGCAGUUGUUGAAGGGUGGUCGUGAAAGGGCACUGUCUGAUUCUGAUGGCGAUGAAGAGGGAUUAAAUGAAUUAUUUUGUCAAUUCUUUAAUCUUCUUAAGAAGGAAGGAGAAUUGGAAUAUUUGUCUGCUAUCUCUGCAUCAAUUUUUCAUGGAAAAAUUUCUCAGGAUUCGUUUCAUGCAGUCUGUGUGGAAGUGCACUCAGAGUUUCUUUCUGGACAAAAGUCGGGAAGGGAAGCGAAUUCCAAAUUGACCGGGAAGUUGAAAAGAUGGCACAUUCUGCAAAAAUGUCGAGACUCCACUGACCUAAACAAUCCACAAUAUCGACUGCAUUCGUAUAUGAGAGAACACGCAUUUGGUCUUUUGAAAAAGGACGUGGAUCUCUUUCGUAAGGUAACAAGGGCCUUCCUACUAUACUUUGCACGCUUUCUUACAAAGACUGCAAGAGAGCAAGAGACGAGGAAAACUCCAACAGAUAAAGUAGGACUGUGUGCUUUAGAUGAGGAAUACAGUAAUGUUAAGGAGUUUCUCACACAGCUUACAGACCCUCAAAACGAGGUUCUAAUUCAGAAAAGCAGUGAACUGGUAGACACCAUGUUUCGAGAAGAUGUCAACUGUCUUUUGUCAUUUCGAUUUUUGCAUGAGAAAAGACGUUGCACGUUGAAAUGCCUUCUCAAGAUUGUUAGCGAAGACACAUCCAUUGGCAAUGUUUGGCAAGGAAAACUGGAAAUGGCAAGUAUACUUUGUGGCCAAGGGAAAUUUAUUGAAGCUUUGCAAGAGGCAACACAGAGUUUGGAGCAAUGCAGUGAGUCAUCAGAAAGCAACCAAAGAAAAGCGAGAUGUUUAGAAGUUAUGGGAACAAUUCUACUUUGUCAACACCAUACUGGUUUUUCUGAAGCAGAGAAGUGUUUAAAAGAGGCCUAUGAUUUACUACACGUUGAUCUUCAACAUCUAACAGAGCUCAGUGAAGAUGAUGAAACAAAGUGUACUCGACGACGCACUGGAUCUGUGUGUAGAAAGCUAGGAGAACUGUAUUCUAGACAAAAUAGGUUCAAUGAUGCGAAUCACAUGUUGAAUGAAUGUAAGUCACACUUUUGUCACUUCUUGGGACCGGAUGCCCUACUUUAUGUCUGGUUACAUCACAGGAUAGGGGGAAAUUUACAAACACAAGGUGAACGCAAAAAAGCUGAAAGUGAGUACCUUGAGGGACUGAGAUUGUGUUGUUCUUAUGAAGUCACACAGCACCCAAUAUAUGCUAAACUGAACUAUAGCCUUGGAAGACUAUACCUAUAUAAGGAUACGAAGGACACCAAGAAGAGUCUUGAGCACUUCAGUGAUGCACUAGCUCUCCAAAAAAAGAUUGACUCUAGUCACCCUGAUGUGGCUCAAACCUACAUUGGAAUUGGUCGAGUUUAUAACGACAUGGCUGGCAAUGAUCCAGGCAAUGUGCAACUUGCUCUUGACAUGUUUGAGGAAGCAGAGAAAAUUUUAGAAGAAACUGCACAAGACACAGGAAACUACCCUGACCUGAGAAUAGCAGAACUGUACUCAUCUCAAGCUUAUUCAUAUCGUAAUCAGGAAAAGUUUGAUGCUGAACUGAAGUGUCUUCAGAAGGGUAUGAAAGUUUAUACGGAUCAGCCAACACCCAAUGAUUCUCUUAAGAAGAAGAUGGCCACUUGCCUCACUGAUAUGGGACACGCAUGUCGAAGACUUGGGAAAAGAAAAGAAAUGGGAAAAUAUUUUGCUGAAGCUAGAAAGUUAGGAGGAAAAGCCAAAGGUCGACAGAAGUGACAGUGAAUUGUUGAUAUUGCUGCAAUUCAGCUGUGUGCUAGGUUGACACAUGUCGUGUACAUGCUGGAAUGUCUUUGCUUGCAACUACACCUGAGGCAUUUUCGUGACGUGUUUAUGUGGCUUUUCUGUAAUGUCUACUAUGCAAUAGCAAUUUAGGUAGUAGUUAUUACACAGCAAACUCUAAUAAUGCAAAAUACAUGUAGGUAGAUCGAAUGUGCAGUUAAGAGGUUCUGCAAGUAAAUUCAUAAGUGAUUGUCAAUAUCCGGAUAAUCUGGAUUGAGAACAUGCAAUCACUAACAGCAAACAAUUGACCUCUGACAGCCAGACAGCCUUGUAUCAAACUGUCAAGAUUGCAGGGGCACUAGACAGGGCCAUUGUCAUCAUACCCUGCACGAAACAGCAAUGAAAUCACAUUUCUAAACACAUACAUUUGACACAAACUUGCUUAGGUGCAGUCACAUCUACGAUAUUAACAACAAUGGUGCUUGAAAAAUCUGUGGUGUAAUUACUCUCAACUAAAAUCAUGAAACAGAUGUCACUCCUCCAGAACUCAAUAACCAUUCCUUUGAUUACUGGCCCCAUUACAGCAUUUCACAACUUCCUGUUUUUAUGGCAUUACCCCAAGUUUUUCAAGUAUUAAACACUUGUCAAUACAAAUUACAAAAUAGUAAGUUUACAUACAGUGGGAAGCACCUUAGUUAGUU